AUGACAGAAAUAGAUCUGUCUUCUGUUAAUGAGUCAACUUUUAGGGCACACCUAAGAAAAAAAAACAUUGAUUUCAUUAAACUUAUUUGUAUCUCUUCUCUCUUCCUAGGGGAAGCAAAAACAAAUGCUCCCUGUAUUAUAUUUAUUGAUGAAUUAGAUUCUGUUGGUGGGAAGCGAAUUGAGUCUCCAAUGCAUCCAUAUUCAAGGCAGACUAUAAAUCAGCUUCUUGCUGAAACGGAUGGCUUUAAACCCAAUGAAGGAGUUAUAAUAGGAGCCACAAACUUCCCAGAGGCAUUAGAUAAUGCCUUAAUACGUCCUGGUCAUUUUGACAUGCAAGUUACAGUUCCAAGACCAGAUGUAAAAGGUCGAACAGAAAUUUUGAAAUGGUAUCUCAAUAAAAUAAAGUUUGAUCAGUCUGUGGGUCCAGAAAUUAUAGCUCGAGGUACUGUUGGCUUUUCUGGAGCAGAGUUGGAGAAUCUUGUGAACCAGGCUGCAUUAAAGGCAGCUCUUGAUGGAGAAGAAAUGGUUACCAUGAAGGAACUAGAGUUUUCCAAAGAUAAAAUUCUAAUGGGGCCUGAACGUAGAAGCAUGGAAAUUGACAAUAAAAACAAAACCAUCACAGUAUAUCACGAAUCCGGUCAUGCUAUUAUUGCAUAUUACACUAAGGACGCAAUGCCUAUCAACAAAGCUACAAUCAUGCCAAGAGGGCCAACACCUGGACAUGUGUCCCUCUUGCCUGAAAAUGACAGAUGGAAUGAAACUAGAGUUCAGCUGCUUGCACAGAUGGAUGUUAGUAUGGGAGGAAGAGUGGCUUGAGGAGAUUUAUUUGGAACUGAUCACAUCACAACAGAUGCUUCCAGUGAUUUUGAUAAUGCAACUAAAAUUGUAAAGUGGAUGGUUACCAAAUUUGGAAUGAGUGAAAAGCUUGGAGUUAUGACCUACAGUGAUACUGGGAAACUGAGUCCAGUAACUCAAUCUGCUAUUGAACAAGAAAUUAGAAUCCUUCUAAGGGACUCAUAUGAACGAGCGAAACGUAUCUUGAAGACUCAUGCAAAAGAGCGUAAGAAUCUAUCAGAAGCUUUACUAACCUAUGAGACUUCGGAUGCCAAAGAAAUUCAAAUUGUUCUUGAGGGAAAAAAAUUGGAAGUGAGAUAA